AAUGGCGUCGUACAUACAACGCAGUUUAACUACUUAACGUCAAUAUUGUUAUUGCGUUCUUUUAGUGAUUAAAUAUUAGAAAUUAAUAAAGGGACGAUAAACCUAUAAGCAAAUUGUCGAAGACCUAUAAAGAUCUUAUCCAUUUUUAAUAUUUAAGCAAAUGACUGUUGAGUGUUCUAACCUAUCUCAGUGUGUCAGUGCAUCAUACAUAUAUCUCAUAUUCGUGAUAUCCAUGUUUGACGUUUCUAUUCAGACAAUAUAAACCUGUGCAAAAAAAUGCAUACAACUGGAGAUUUUGUUUUGCACGGUGGUAGUGCAGAAUUUGCAAACAGACAAAAAUUAUUGUUUGAUAAAUUGUCAGAUGCAGAACAAGAAUGUAGUAAAAAUAAAAUGGUCACUGAAUCUACAGAAUCUACACAGGAUAUUGACAGCGAAUCAAACUAUUCUCAAAUCCUGAGAGCUGGCCGUAAAAGUCAAACAAGAAGAUUUCGUGGUAAAGAGAGUAUCUUUAAACGGCCAGAAGGCCCAGCACCACGUGCUAUCAGUAGAAACAUACCAGACUUUCACAAAAAUCCUCAUAAGUGGAAGAAAUACAGUCUGGAUGAUGUGUCCAAUGAUGAUAUGACUGAGGAAAGUAAUACAAGGGCUGCAUUAUCAUUUUUAAAAGAAUUGAAGGCAAGAAGAUCAGUGGAAAAAAUAGAAGAAUCAGAGAGAAAGGGUGCAGAUGAAUCUGAUUUGGUUAAGAGGAGUCAACCCAAAAUAAUGUUUAAAUCCAAAAAACAAAAAAUAUCAAUGGCAGAAGUUGAAUUUAAGAAACCUGAAAGUAACACAAAUGAAACAGACAAUACACCAGUUAUCAUUGAAAAUGACGAUAAGCCAAUCUUUAGGAGCAGUAAAAUUAUUAUGCCAGAAUAUGUUGUUGGCCAAAAAAAGAAGAAAAAGAAUAAUAGAGAAAUACAUCUUGUGAAAAUAGAUAGAACAAAACAACUUAAAUUAGAUCAUUUACAAGAACCUGAUGAAGAGGAAAAUUGAAUAUAUAUAUAUGUAUAUGUAUAUAUAUGUAUAUGUAUAUGUAUAUCUAAUAUUAAUAUUGUAAAUUUAAUUAUAGUUUUCAAGUUCUCUGUAUAAUGUGACUAUUUCAUAUAUUUUAUCAGUUAAUGUAUUUUGAAUAUAGGAGUAAUAAACAUACUGCACAUCUUCUUAGAACAGGCUCCUAAUUUUGAAAGGUGGGAACGAAACCGGUCUGAUAGAUUCUUCCGGGAACGAUGCGAUUGCGCACUAACCAUCGCGGGUUUCGACUGUUUCCUAUCGGCAUUAGUCGUAGGCUAUUCAAAAGUCGCAAGUCAAUUGCGACUAUUUACGAUUUUCACGCGUGUGAUGCCGACUAAUGCACAAAAUACAAUCUAUUGGACUUUGGUUGGUAUUUAGUUUGGAAGUUUUUCCUUUCAAGGUUCAGGUUUGUUCGGGAAUUAUUGGGUGGAAUGAGUGAAUCCUCUCCUGUAAAUGAUUUAAAGAAUGGUAGA